UUGUGAGGUGCUGCACACAUCGGACACAGCAGAGAAACAGAUCUAUUUCUGGUUUUGGUUUCAUGGAAGUAGCUCCAUGAAAGAAGCCUGCAAACAUGCCUGACUGAUCAAGUAUGAAAAUGCAGUGAUGAAUCAAAAUCCACGGCAUGCAAACUGACUGUGAGAGGAUGCAGUUGAUGUGAUUCAUUUUAGUUAUGUCGAUUAAGGACACCAGUCUUUGUAAACGAAGCAAAGACAAAAACACUUUCAGAGCGUUUAUAGGUGGUGGGGGGGAGGCAAAUCAUGCUCUGUCUGUCUCGGGUGGUUUCAAAUAUUGUCCUGCAAGGCCAUGUGUGAAAGCCACCAUCACCACAGGCAGCAGCCCUGCAGGAGGUGUGAUGUCUGUCAGGGGUCACCAGCCACCCCAGGGAGACGACUAUCCCACAUCCUCAUAACGGCUGUAUCUCUAGGGCAGUGUUUCCCAAUCCGGUCCUCAGGGACCUGCAGUCGGUCCACGUUUUUGCUCCCUCCCAGCCCCCAGCAAAAUGUGGGCUGUCUCUGGAUCCCCGAGGAAUUGAGAAACACUGCUCUAGCGGAAGGGCAGGUAGACACGGCCAGACGUUCUCUGCUGCAGUAUGAGGACAGUCUGCAGUGAAUGUGGUUGAGGCCCAACUUGGGAUGUCCAUGGUGAAUGACUGUCAACCUUAAUCCUGAGGCUUUUGAAAGGCAGGGAAUCCCGGCUGGAUUUUGGGAUGAAAUCUUUAAUUAUUUUUUAUUUUUUUAGGUAAAUCAGAUUUAAAUCACUAUAUGAAAGUGAUGUGUAACUGUUUAAUAUGUUUGCCAGUCAAUGAGACUUUGAUUCAUUGUUUUCAUUCAGAGUUUUACACAAUCGCGGGGUGGAGAAGGCUGCUAAGGGGGGAAAACAAGUCAUUUCUCUUUGCCAUGGAGCACAUUUCAGUAGAUGGCCCCCCUCUGACAGGAGCCGGGUGUGUUUCUGCUUCUCCAGACCACCCAUGUGCGCAGUGUUCAUGUUAGAUUUCUGUGCAUGUCACUCUUCUGCCAAAUUGUCAGAAAUGGUGUUAUUCUUCUGUGGCUUUGGCCUUUUUUUCAACAACCGAAAAUAUUUUCUGUGUACUCAAGACUUUGUUUACGCCUUAAGUUCCCCAUUUAGAAUGUCUGAUACCACUGCCAAAUGUCACCAUUUCCACCCGCAAGCCAGUAAAGCCUCCUCUCAUUUAAACAGCCUGAGAGACUCCAGUCACCUCACACACCAUGGCUUGUUUCUGCUGUUAUUCAUGAUUAUGAGAUGAUUAUGAGAGGGAUGGUUAUCUUGACGUGCAGCAUGGUUAAAGCGAUAAGCGCAGCCUUUUACAAAGGCUGGCAAAAGAUCUGUGUGGUCCUGACGUCAGCACACACUCAGAGCGCUCCAGCCUGUGCCGUACUUCAGCCUUUGAUGAGAGCUCAUUAGUGAAAGAGCGUCGAGGUGUGCCUAACUCCUGAGACAGACUUCUGGGGACGCCAAAAAAUUUAAUAAGAAAGAAAUUCUGCACCAUACAGGCUGUUGUAGGAGUCCAGCCCGUUCGGAAGUAGAAAAUCCCGAGUGGAAAAAAUGGAUUAUAAUUAUUCUAUCGUUGAGCCAUGUGACAUGGAAAACAAGGAGGACGGAUUUCAGGUGGCGAGAAUCUGCAUCCACGCUGCCGUCUGUAUACUGGGCCUUCUGGGGAACAUCCUGGUCAUAGUCACCUACACACUCUACAAAAGGGCCAAGUCCAUGACAGACGUGUAUCUGCUGAACGUUGCCAUCGCCGACCUGAUGUUUGUGGUCACUCUGCCGCUGAUCAUAUACAAUGAGCAGUAUAACUGGGUCAUGGGAGACGCAUCCUGCAAGCUGCUUCGGGGUGUUUACAGCGUCAACCUCUACAGCGGUAUGCUGCUGCUGGCCUGCAUCAGCGGUGACCGUUAUCUCGCUAUUGUGCAGGCCAGGAGAUCCUUUGGGAUCCGCUCCAAGACCAUGACCUACAGCCGUAUCAUCUGCGUGGCCGUCUGGGUGCUGGCUCUCAGCCUUUCCGUACCCACAUUCAUGUACAGUGAGAAAUACAGCGAAAACCCUGAAUAUUACCCGAUAAACAAUACUGGCAUUGCAUGGUUCGAUGAUUUCCUGGAAAACAGUACAAACCUGGACAGCUAUAUUAGGAGUGAACUGUCUGAAAAUCACAAGGAACCAGGGAUGCUGUGCUAUUUUAGGUUCAGCAACAACGAUACUGCGAAGGUUCUGAAAGUCGCCAUCCCCACCACGCAGAUGGUCAUGGGCUUCUUCGUUCCAUUCCUCAUCAUGGGUUUUUGCUACAUCAGCAUCAUCAUAACUCUGCUGAAGGCAAAGAACUUCCAACGGCACAAGGCCGUGAGGGUCGUCAUGGCUGUGGUGGUUGUCUUCAUCAUCUGCCACCUCCCCUACAAUGCCACACUCCUAUACCACACCCUGGUCAAGUUUAAUGAAAAGGACUGUUCAGAGGAGAUUAACAUCCUGAAAGGCCUGGCCGUUACAGAAAGCCUGGCCUAUCUGCACUGCUGCCUUAACCCGGUGCUGUACGCCUUCAUAGGAGUGAAGUUCAGAAACCAUUUCCGGAAGAUCAUGGAGGACUUGUGGUGCAUCGGGAAGCGGUACAUUUACUCCAGGCGCUCAUCCUGGUUCACCUCGGAGACGUACCUGUCCAGGAAGUCCAUAGAUGGCUGCAGCAAUGACAACGGGUCUUCUUUCACCAUGUGAGGAAUGCACACAGAAUGCAGAUGUUUUUCAAAUGGUCCCGCGAUGAGAUCAGCUUGAGCCAACAUGAGAUCAUUUGAUUCAACAUUUUCAAAGAAUAAACUCUGACGCAGAACAAGGAACAAUCUGUGAAACAUGAGCACUGGGCAGGAACACCUAAAACAUAUCUGUGUAUAAAUGUAUAAUUCUGUUUCAUCUUCGUUGCCUGAAUGGCCAUUGUGUUCAUCGCAUACUUUUAUCGUCAACAUCGCCUUGAAAGCAUGACUGAGAAGGAUGAAUGAAAGCUACCGCUGGUUUUUGAGAUUUAGUCAUUUAUCUCAGAGCACCUGCAGCUUUUUCUAUCGUUCUGUUUAGCCUGUACUUACUGUCAGCAAUGAAGUGUCUUUUAAAAAAAAAAUAAUAAUAAUUUGCCUUGUGUGAUUGUCUUUGAUUGCCUGCCAAUGUUUAUUUCAGCUUACAAUAUUUAUAGCCUUUUCGUAAAUACUGUAUAUUUUUUGUUUAUCCAAUAAAGCUGAGUUCUCACAAUU